AGCCCGGAUUCUCAUCCAAUCACAGUCGCCAUCCUCAUUCCUUGCGAGCGAAACACAGAGACCGACUCAUCCACCUAAUUCCCGCACUUACCAUUUUUCUCGACGCCACAGACGGUGAGUCCACAGAUUUCUCCGUCUGGAGGCUCCUUUUUUCCAAGAGUAGAGUCUCGCAUACCCAUCGCUGACCCGGGAACGAUGCUGCCACACGCCCUCUCGUUCAACCCAUCUCUCAUCUCUCCUUCACCUUCAAGAGUCCCUUCUCUCUCCGUCCAUCCAACGUUCCCACAAAAGAAUCUCCUCUUCACUUCUUUCAAGCAAUGUCCUCCUCUCAAAUCUUCCCUCAGGGUUCCAAAAUGCUCAAUUGGGGUGGCUGAAGCUCAGCCGAAGGCGUCGGAGGAAAGAGCAACCAGACCAUCUUCAGCUGAAGUAUCGAGGACCAUCAUGGAGUUGAGCUCACGGGGGACGCUCUCCGCAAUCACUGAAGAAGGCUGGCCUUUGGGAAUCGGCGUUCGUUUCGCUGUUGACGGCGAUGGGAUGCCAAUCUUGAGCUUAAAGUCCAUGAAUCAGGGGGGCCCAACAUUCUCCACUAAUAAUAAAUCCAGUCUCCAUGUUCAGUUGGAACAGGAUGGCCCUUGCGUUACUCAGUGUACUCUGCAGGGCAUCCUUUCUCGCCCAGAAGACAAGGUGCUGCGGAAGAGGCUUCAAUCAAUAUGGAAGAAAAAAUUUGAGACAGAAAUAUGUGAAGACUUUCUCUAUGUCAUGGCUGUUGAGAGAGUGCUCCACAUGGAAGAUUUCAAAGAGGAUGGCAUAUGGGUGACAGAUGCAGAAUAUAGAAAUUCAUUUCCAGAUCCUUUACGAAUUUGUGCACAAAAAAUUGUGGAUGAGAUGAACAAUGACCAUAUGGAAGAUGUUCAUCGGUUUUCCAAUAUCUUUGUGGACUUGGAAUUUCAGGUAGUGGAAGCAAGAAUGAUGUGGGUUGACAGGUUGGGCUUUGACUUGCAUAUUCGUUCUUCAGAAGAAGAAAUUUUUGCAGCCCGUAUUCCUUUUCUUAGAGAAGUAACUGAUGAGAAAGCUGCAAAGUCAUCAAUAACUUACCUGUCCCAACUAGCGUGGGAACUGGAAAAGAAUUAUACGACUCCAGAGUUUGACAAGGUUAAGUGUUUAAGAAAAGUAGCAAGGUAGUCCGUCUUUUCGUCUCUUUAUUCAAGCUAGGGUAGCACCACUGUUCUCAUAGCAAGGAUGUUGCAAUGAGCAAAAUUUGAGUCAUUGAUACAAUUUUUUUGCCCAUUCUUUUCCUCAAGUGUGGAAAUUUCUUAGAAAAAGUUUCAAGUCUUAUUUUUGCCGAGAGCGGUCUCAGUCCGUUGAGAUAACUUUUCCUAUUUAUGAAGUCUGUGUGUGUAGUUAAGGGCUCCAGAAUCAUCCUGGAACAUCACUCGUCGUAUUUUAGGUCUUGAGAUGAGCUUCCUAUGUAUUCUAUUGAUGUCUUCAAAUUGAAAAAUUGCUUCUUCUCCAUUAUUAAUGUGAAUAAUCACUGGUAGAGAGCCUUUCUGCUUGCUC